CUUCUAGACUUGCCAGAAGCAACAGAGGACUAAAGAUGAAGAUCUUUUUCUUAUUCACCUUUUCCACUUUCUUGUUGUCUGCUUUUGAACAAGCAGCUGCUUCUGCUCACUAUGACAAGAUUUUAACUCAUAGUCGAAUAAGGGCACGCGACCAAGGCCCAAAUGUCUGUGCCCUUCAGCAAGUUAUGGGAACAAAAAAGAAAUACUUUAGCACCUGCAGAAACUGGUACCAGGGAGCUAUCUGUGGAAAGAAAGCAACUGUCUUAUAUGAGUGCUGUCCUGGCUAUAUGAAGAUGGAUGGUAUGAGAGGGUGUCCUGCAGUGGCUCCUAUUGAUCAUGUAUAUGGUACACUUGGUAUUGUGGGAGCUACCUCCACACAGCAUUACUCUGACAUAUCAAGGCUGAGAGAAGAGAUUGAGGGACGAGGAUCAUUCACUUUCUUUGCACCAAGCAAUGAAGCCUGGGAGCAAUUAGAUUCAGAAAUUCACAGGAAUUUGGUUGACAAUGUAAAUAUUGAACUUUAUAACGCUCUCCACCACCACAUGGUAAACAAGCGCAUGUUGACAAAAGAUCUUAAGAAUGGUAUGACUCUGGUGUCUAUGUAUAAUGACCAGAAAUUGCUUAUUAACCAUUAUCCUAAUGGGGUCGUUACUGUUAACUGUGCCAGGAUCAUCCAUGGCAACCAGGUUGCUACCAAUGGUGUUGUUCAUGUCAUUGAUCGUGUCCUGACUGCUGUUGGAAAUACCAUUCAAGAUUUCAUUGAAGUUGAGGAUGAUCUUUCAUCUCUUAGAGCUGCUGCCAUCACAUCAGAUGUCUUGGAUGUUCUUGGAAAGCCUGGUCAUUACACACUGUUUGCUCCUACUAAUGAAGCUUUUGAGAGACUUCCAAGGGGAGUCUUAGAAAGGAUCAUGGGUGACAAGGUGGCUUCUGAAGCUCUUGUGAAGUUCCAUAUUUUAAAUACUCUCCAGUGCUCUGAAGCCAUCACAGGUGGAGCUGUCUAUGAAACCUUGGAAGGAAACACAGUUGAAGUUGGUUGUGAUGGUGAAAGUCUGACUGUGAAUGGAGUGAAGAUGGUCAAACGCAAAGACAUAGUGACAAGCAAUGGCGUUAUCCACCUCAUUGAUGAAGUGUUAAUUCCUGAUUCUGCCAAGCAAGUUAUUGAGCUUGGGGGUGCCCAGCAGACUACUUUUACAGACCUGGUGGCACAGCUGGGACUGGCAUCUUCUCUAAGACCAGAAGGACAAUACACUCUCCUGGCACCUCUGAAUGGUGCCUUCUCAGAUGACACCUUAAGGAUGGAUCAACGCCUUCUUAAAACGAUCUUGCAAAAUCACAUCAUAAAAGUGAAAGUUGGGCUCAAUGAACUGUACAAUGGACAAGAGCUGGAGACAAUUGGAGGAAAGCUGCUUAGAGUCUUUGUGUAUCGCACAGCUGUAUGUGUUGAAAAUUCAUGCAUGGUGAGAGGAAGUAAAGAAGGAAGGAAUGGUUUUAUUCACAUCUUCAGGCAGAUCAUCAAUCCAGCAGAAAAGACUUUGCAUGAAAUGCUGAGAAAUGAUAAGCGUUUUAGUGUUUUCCUCAGUCUCGUGAAAGCUGCAGAUUUAGAUGAUGUUCUGUCACGUCCUGGAGAGUGGACUCUGUUUGUUCCAACUAAUGAUGCCUUUAAAGGCUUGACUGAUGACGAUAAGGAUAUAUUGAUAAGAGACAAAAAUGCCCUCAGGAAUAUCCUUCUUUACCACUUGACACAAGGAGUUUUCAUUGGGAGUGGCUUUGAGCCUGGUGUGACAAAUAUUCUUAAAACAAUCCAAGGAGGGAAACUCUACUUGAAAACAGUAAAUGAUACUCUUCUGGUUAAUGAACUGAAAUCAAGAGAAUCUGAUCUCAUGGCCACAAAUGGUGUCAUUCAUGUUAUUGAUAAACUCCUCUAUCCAGCAGAUUUGCCUGUUGGAAAUGAUCAGUUGCUCACAAUCCUGAAGAAGUUGAUUAAGUACAUUCAAAUUAAGUUUGUUCGUGACAGUACCUUCAAAGAGAUCCCGCUGACGUUUUACAAAAUUAACAUAAUUGAAAGCAACGUCAAGCCCAUCAUCAGAAAGGAAGACCCAUCUAUCACACAGCUCACUAAAUUAAUUGAAGGGGAACCUGAGUUCAAAAUAGUCAGGGAAGGGGAGACAAUAACUAAAGUGAUUCAUGGAGAACCAAUUAUUAAAACAUACACCAAAAUCAUUGAUGGGCGACCUGUGGAAGUGACAGAGAAAAAAGUAACAGAAGAAAGAAUUUAUCAAGGUCCUGAAAUAAAAUAUACCAGAAUUACUGCAGGUGGUUCAGAUAAUGAAGAAAAGUUAAAAAAAUUGCUUGAAGAAGAGGUUACCAAGGUGACCAAAUUUAUUGAAGGUGAUGGUCAUUUACCUGAAGAUGAAGAAAUCAAAAGACUUCUGCAGGGAGCUGGAACUGAGUAUACCAAGGUUACUAAAGUAAUUGAGGGAGAGCCACAGAUUAUCGAGAGAGAAAUCAAGAAAGUCCAUCUGGAAGAAGCACCUGUACGGAAAGUACAGCCAACCAGGAGGACACAAG